AUGUGUUUGAUUGAAAGACGAGAAGCAAAAAUACGUCCUUUAAGCAUGACGAUAGCGACAAUACCAUCGCAAAAUGCUUGUGUUGAGGUUGGGGUGCCACUAAACAGCUGGUGUAAUGGUGUAGCCUGCUGUCCCAACUGUAAACACGAACUACACCUCUCGCUGUCCUGCUCUAAGGCACAUACACCACUGACUCCGCCCUUCACAAUACAGCCCUACUUGCCUCACUCACUCUACACGGUACCAGCACCACUUCCAUCUCCUUAUAAUGAAGAAUUAAAACGCCUGGAAGAUACGCUUAAAGCACUCCGGCUCUCUGGCUGGUAUUAUGGCAAUUUAGAUUGGCAGGGAGCAAGGAACCUCUUGAAGGAUGCCAGUGUUGGAGCAUUUGUGAUAAGGGAUUCUAGGGAUAGAAAUUUCAUUUUCUCACUGUCAGUACAAACUGAACGAGGUCCAACCUCAGUACGCAUGCACUAUGAGCAGGGCUAUUUUAGAUUUGAUUGCGACAGGCCGCUCGCCAGGUUUAUGCCAAGAUUCCGAUGUGUGAUCGAAUUAAUUCAACACUACACGCGUCUCGGGGAACGAGGGGCAGCGGGCACCGUGUGGGUUGACCGAGAGGGAUGCGCGCAUUCCCCUGUUCUCCUUAAAAAUCCUCUAAGAAAAUCACCACCAUCUCUCCUACACUCCGCUCGGAUCGCUAUCCAUAAAGCGCUGGACUCCAACCCCUUAACUCCCAAACUUUGGACCGCUCCAAAACAUAGACUAUUGCCCCUUCCCUCCACACUCAUCGAAUACCUCGGCGAAUACGCCUACUCAAUCUAA